GAUUUCGUGCACCUUCUGCCAGUCAAAUCAUUUGUAGCAGUUCAGGAAAUCAAGAAUGAUCUGAAACAGGAGGGUUACAUUAGAAUGAUGACUACACAGUUUUAACUCCAUAUUAGUGAGAAGAGAUCACAGUAUAGGUUGAACAUGGCAGGGGAGACCUUCAAAGCAUUAAGGUUGUGUCAUUUGGCCCUGCUGGGAAGAUGUCCCCGUCCACAGCUACAACUGUACAGAUCCUUCAGCUCACAAAGGCCAAGGAAGAGUCUAGGGUUGUUCUGGAAGAUGUUUUUGGGUGUUCCUGUGGUGGUGGGAGUCCAGUACGCCCUUGCGGAACCUAGAGAGAGACGGAAGAUGAAGAUCUUGGUGAAGGGAGUCAGUCGCUUCUGUAGGUCUAUAUAUGUAGGACUCUAUAUCUCAGUAGAUUAUUGGUGGACCUCCAAUGUGAUGUUACGUGGUUUGGACAAGAGCAGCCCAUCGUUUGUGGCAGGGAUGUCAUUGUGCCAUCAGAGGGCAGCAGAUGGCAUGGUGGAGGGAGCGGUGCAGAACGGGGGGAUAUACGUUAAACUGGGACAGGGACUGUGUGCUUUCAACCACCUGCUGCCUCCUGAGUACGUCAAGACACUGCAGGUCCUGGAGGAUAAGGCUCUCAACAGGAGAUGCAAGGAGGUAGAUGCUCUGUUCAUAGAGGACUUCAACACGACUCCAGACAAGAUGUUUAAGACGUUUGAGUAUGAGCCCAUCGCAGCAGCCAGUCUGGCCCAGGUCCACAAGGCAGAGCUGGAGGACGGGACUCCUGUUGCUGUCAAAGUGCAGUACAUAGACCUCAGGGAUCGGUUCGACGGUGACAUCAGGACUCUGGAGAUCCUACUGGACGUUAUAAAGUUCAUGCACCCCAGCUUCGGCUUCAGAUGGGUCCUCAAGGACUUGAAGGGGACAUUAGCUCAGGAGCUGGACUUUGAGAAUGAGGCCAGGAACUCUGAGAGAUGUGCAGAGGAACUGAAACACUUCAAAUUUGUCGUCGUGCCAAAGGUGUACUGGGACCAAACCAGCAAGAGAGUGUUGACUGCAGAGUUCUGUGAAGGCUGCAAAAUCAACAAUUUGGAAGAAAUCAAAAGACAAGGACUUAGCUUGAGAGAUACUGCUGACAAGCUGAUCCGUACGUUUGCAGAGCAGAUAUUUUACACUGGCUUCAUCCACGCUGACCCUCACCCUGGCAAUGUACUUGUGAGAAGAGGUCCAGACAAGAAGGCAGAGCUGGUACUGUUGGAUCACGGCCUAUAUGAAUAUCUCAGUGAAAUUGACAGGGUAGCGCUGUGUAAACUGUGGAGGUCCAUAGUCCUGAGAGAUGAUGCUGCCAUGAAGAGGUACUCCAACAGCCUGGGGGUCAAAGACUACUUCAUCUUCUCUGAGAUGCUGCUGCAACGGCCAAUCAACAUGCGGGAAUUGGGCCUGUCCAACAUCCUGAGUCGUGAGGAGACAACCUAUAUGAGGGACAUGGCUGUCAAUCACUUUGACAACAUCAUGGUUGUGCUCAAGUCCAUGCCACGCCCCAUGCUGCUGGUGUUCAGGAACAUCAACACUGUCCGCAGCAUCAACAUCACACUGGGAGCUCCUGUAGACCGAUACUGUGUCAUGGCUAAGAGGUUAGUAGCAGCAGCAUCAACAUCACACUGGGAGCUCCUGUAGACCGAUACUGUGUCAUGGCUAAGAGGUUAGUAGCAGCAGCAUCAACAUCACACUGGGAGCUCCUGUAGACCGAUACUGUGUCAUGGCUAAGAGGUUAGUAGCAGCAGCAUCAACAUCACACUGGGAGCUCCUGUAGACCGAUACUGUGUCAUGGCUAAGAGGUUAGUAGCAGCAGCAUCAACAUCACACUGGGAGCUCCUGUAGACCGAUACUGUGUCAUGGCUAAGAGGUUAGUAGCAGCAGCAUCAACAUCACACUGGGAGCUCCUGUAGACCGAUACUGUGUCAUGGCUAAGAGGUUAGUAGCAGCAGCAUCAACAUCACACUGGGGGCUCCUGUAGACCGAUACUGUGUCAUGGCUAAGAGGUUAGUAGCAGCAGCAUCAACAUCACACUGGGAGCUCCUGUAGACCGAUACUGUGUCAUGACUAAGAGGUUAGUAGCAGCAGCAUCAACAUCACACUGGGAGCUCCUGUAGACCGAUACUGUGUCAUGGCUAAGAGCGCUGUGCAAUGUUGGGGGCGGCUCCAGGCAGAGAGGCCGGGUGUCCUUCCAAGGUUCAGGGUGUUGCGAUGGGUGCGGGCCACCUGGGAGAGCCUCAAGUUCGAGUGUGCCCUGAGGUCUGAGAUGGCGAUGAUGAGUCUGACAAGAUCCCUGCUGUCUUUGUUGUCUUACUUCAACCUCAUAUCGCUGGACGAAGAAGUUUACCAAUACCUGAAGUAGAAGCCGACAGACAACCCAUACCUCAGCUGCAUACCUGAUACUAGUGAUGACUCCUGUUUCAAGCUCAAGAAAUGCAACCCGUUUGACAGGACAUGAUAGUUGUCAAAUGGAUAGAUGUGCUUCCAAAAUGGUGCUAUGCAUUUCCCACAUCUACAGAUUUUAUUAUGUAGAAUUGUCUUAAUCAGUCAGAACAGAAAACGUAGUAAACACAGCUCUAAGCCAAGGACUUGACUCACCAGCAGUCAUUUCAUUGAGGAGCACUGUCUCAGUGCUGCCAAGGAAAAUGUGAACUGACAUGACAUUAACACUAUUUUAUUAAACACAGAGCCAUUUAAUAUUUGACCUUUCUUUCACUGGGGUUGAAUUUGAUGGCAGUAUGUGAUUCCUGCAGUGACCAGUCAAGAUUGUGCCUUCAUUGACUGAUUAAGUCUUAUUAAUAGCCCGUUUAGGCACUGAGCACAUUCAGGCCUUUCAACCCUCCUGUUGUUUGUUUCAUGUUAGUGUUCCCGGUCCAAAAUGACCACCCCAUAAUAAAUCCAUGAAAAGAUCUAAGAAGUUGAACUUCCAUUUAUGGCCUGUAGGCCUCAUUGAACUAAAAAAAAAGAAAGCAUGUAUGGAUUAUAACAUACUUGGAUGAAACGGUGCUGUUGAACAAGGACUCUCUCCUCAACAGUGUCAUGAUCAAGAGCCUCAGUAGAUACACUGCUCAAAAAAAUCAAGGGAACACUAAAAUAACACAUCCUAGAUCUGAAUGAAAUAUUCUUAUUAAAUACUUUUUUCUUUACAUAGUUGAAUGUGAAUGACCUCCCUACAAUGCCUGGGCAUGCUCCUGAUGAGGUGGGGGAUGGUCUCCUGAGGGAUCUCCUCCCAGACCUGGAGUAAAGCAUCCACCAACUCCUGGACAGUCUGUGGUGCAACGUGGCGUUGGUGGGUGGAGCGAGACAUGAUGUCCCAGAUGUGCUCAAUUGGAUUCAGGUCUGGGGAACGGGCGGGCCAGUCCAUAGCAUCAAUGCCUUCCUCUUGCAGUAACUGCUGACACACUCCAGCCACAUGAGGUCUUGCAUUAGGAGGAACCCAGGGCCAACCGCACCAGCAUAUGGUCUCAUAAGGGCUCUGAGGAUCUCAUCUCGGUACCUAAUGGCAGUCAGGCUACCUCUGGCGAGCACAUGGAAGGCUGUGCGGACCCCCAAAGAAAUGCCACCCCACACCAUGACUGACCCACCGCCAAACCGGUCAUGCUGGAGGAUGUUGCAGGCAGCAGAACGUUCUCCACGGCGUCUCCAGACUGUCACAUGUGCUCAGUGUGAACCUGCUUUCAUCUGUGAAGAGCACAGGGCGCCAGAGGCGAAUUUGCCAAUCUUGGUGUUCUGGCAAAUGCCAAACGUUCUGCACGGUGUUGGGCUGUAAGCACAACCCCCACCUGUGGACGUCGGGCCCUCAUACCACCCUCAUGGAGUCUGUUUCAGCAGACACAUGCACAUUUGUGGUCUGCUGGAGGUCAUUUUGCAGGGCUCUGGCAGUGCUCCUCCUGCUCCUCCUUGCACAAAGGUAGAGGUAGCGGUCCUGCUGCUGGGUUGUUGCCCUCCUACGGCCUCCUCCACGUCUCCUGAUGUACUGGGCUGUCUCCUGGUAGCGCCUCCAUGCUCUGGACACUACGCUGACAGACACCGCAAACCUUCUUGCCACAGCUCGCAUUGAUGUUCCAUCCUGGAUGAGCUGCACUACCUGAGCCACUUGUGUGGGUUGUAGACUCCGUCUCAUGCUACCACUAGAGUGAAAGCACUACCAGCAUUCAAAAGUGACCAAAACAUCAGCCAGGAAGCAUAGGAACUGAGAAGUGGUCUGUGGUCACCACCUGCAGAACCACUACUUUAUUGGGGGUGUCUUGCUAAUUGCCUAUAAUUUCCACCUGUUGUCUAUUCCAUUUGCACAACAGCAUGUGGAAUUUAUUGUCAAUCAGUGUUGCUUCCUAAGUGGACAGUUUGAUUUCACAAAAGUGUGAUUGACUUGGAGUUACAUUGUGUUGUUUGUGUUCCCUCUAUUUUUUUGAGCAGUGUAGUUUGGUCAUUGUGCUGCCACAAUGUGUGCGCAAGGCCUCAAAAGCAUCAUAUACCAGAACUGCGAGAAAAGAUCUAUAUAUUGAAACAAUGUUGCGAUUAUGAGAACACCAACAGGUGUGGAAGCCAAGUGCUCAAACACACAUGCAUGUGGGUGUCUGGCAGAGGAAGUGUGUCCAUGUGCCUGAACUCCAUUUUAUACCCAUUCAUUUCUGACCGGUAACACCACAGAUGUAAAAACUCAUGUAUUUUGUGUGGACAAAGUCAUGGAACCUUAAGACAGAGAGAACUUGUGAAUGGGUCCAAUUUGACCGGAACACAGCAGGGCGGGUUAACCUUAUGUUGCAUUUCCCGGAUAAUAGCACAUAUUGAUUCUGAGAUGUCUAAACUACAUACCUGCAGUGAUAGUCAUUAAUGUUCAUAAUUUCAAGGAAAUAUUGGGUGCAUUGCUCAAUCUAAUGUAUAAAAUGCUGCAAAACUCCAAAAACAAACUGAACAAACAUAAAAGGUAAGAGUUUGUCAAAGUA